AUGAGAAAUAAAAAACCAUACAAAUUAAAGCUUGAAUAGAAAUCAUUUAAAGAUUAAAUCUCUUCAACUUAAUUAGGAGAUAUAGUGGAAAAUGAAUAUUUCAAAAAAUUAGAUGACUUAGAUAGAGAUUCUAAAAAAUAACAAUAAACUAAAAAUAAGACUUCAUUUAAACUACCAAUUAUUUAUAAAAUUAGAUCCAAAUCCUCUCAAGUAUAAUAAACCUAUUAAUAACCAUACUCAAAUUCAGAUGCUGAAAUUAUGGACAAUAUUAAGUAAGAUAAAAUAUGUAAAUAAAUAACUGUAAACAUUAGCUAUGAGACCUAUAUUUAAAUCUAUCAAUCAAAUCCUAAAUAAACACCAAUAAAAAGUAAUUUAUCCUAAAAUUAAUACUGAAUUUGAAAAUGAAAAAAUCUCAAACGAUCAAAGUAUUUUAAAGUAAUUUUCUUUAUUAUUAAGACUUUCAUAGUUUUUAAGUGAAAAUUAAAACAAUAUAAUAAAUAUAGGAAAAUAUGUUUAAGAAAAAAUAGAGUAAAAGAGAAUCAAUAAUUUUCGAAUAUUAUAUAAAAAUGCAGUUAAGUAUUAAAGUGAUGAAGGUAAAAUCAUAUAUAAAAAUUUAAUAGAAGAUAAUGGUUGUAAUCUAUCUAAUAAAGAAUUAUAAUAAGUUGAACAUAUUAAAAACAGAAGAAAAUUCAUUCUAAAAAUGGCUUAAAGAAAAUCUCCAAAGUUUCUCUAUCCCUUAGGCCCAAAAAUAAGAGUUCCUAAUUUUUCUCUAGAAAACCAAUAUUUUUAGAUUUAAUAAAAUUUAACUAACAGAGCUUAUUAAGGAGGCUAAUUCUCUCCAAUAAAGAGAAAAACCUAUAAUUUCGAGGAUGACAUUUCUAUUUAAAAAUUAGAUAGUCCACCUAAAGAUAAAUGCUUUCCUACUUCUUCUAUGUAAGAAGAUUACCUAAAUAUAAAGAUUUAAUAAAUUGUUAAAUCUUUUAUAUGA